AAAUGCUACACUUACCCGGCCACAGUGGUGAUGAGGAAGGCUGGCAGGGGGAGAGGGAACCCGCACGGACCCCCUCCCUGUGGCUACAGCAAGCCCCCAGAAGGGGCUACAGGUAUUGUGGAAUCUAAAAAGAAGAAGAUUUGUGACAAAAAUCCAAGUGAAGAUACAUUUGUGUGUCCACCAGCUGAGUCGUUUGUUUGUGGCUCAGAUGGCAAAACAUACAAGAAUAUUUGCCUCCUUGGCAAAGCAAUGAGGGCAUCUUGUGGGAAAAUUCGUUAUGAACACCUUGGGCAAUGUGUUGUCCAAAAAACCUCCUGACUGAAAUCUUUACUUCAGGUUUCAUUGACUAAUACAAGUGAACUACAUAUAUCAAAUACUGAAAAUGCCCAACCUGUUCCUUCAAUAAACUAAAGUCAACACA